AUGGCCAAUCACCCCAACUUCGUCAUCAUUGCCGAGCACCUCGAUGCGAUAAAAGAUGAGGUCGCGCUUAUUCCAAACAUCGUCCCCCUCACUGCGGACACGUUCCGACAGGAGGUGCAACAGAUAUUGGGCACCUUCAUGGCCGCGAGUUUCGUGAAAGCCAAAUCCUGCUACCGAUGCGCCUUCACAAUGCCACGUACAGUCGCCUCUCGAUAUAAGGAUUCUUAUAAGGCGAGUAUCACUAUAAGAAGUAAGGAGAUACUGGUAAAAGGGCGAACGGUGUCAGCUAACCUCCACGGUGCUUGGGCUCCCACUACUAGGGAACCCGACGGUUGCGUCACGGAGGAGGCAGAUAGCAGAUCAUUUGGGAGUUACCUUAACAGAUUGAAGUUAGGGUGCUCGAGCUGUGAUCAGUUACCUGAGUUUUCACAUGCUUGUUUCCUUGCUCGUAGUCCUGAGAUUACUAGUAUAAACGGUAUGAUAUUUUAG